AUGCCAAGUCAAGACCCCAUGACGAUGGAAGCACCCAUAACCGAAGUUGAGUAUUUGGCUAGUGAAGUCAUUCUCAACUCCAACCCAGUGUCAUAUCACAAGUUUUCUCGUCAGUUAAGUAUACCCAUAUCGCAGGCUAAAAAGACAUUGUAUGAGUACUACACCAAGAAUAAAGAACAAGUCUCAGCUUCGUUUGUUAUCAUUGGAGUGAAUAAAGAUGGUAUCAAAGCUAUAAGUUAUUCUGAAAAUGAAGAGAAACUUAAACACGAAGUGGAAAAGUUCAAAAGUAUAACAACCAUUCACGUAUUUUGCGUGAUGAAGAAGGAUUUGAAUGUUACAAAGAAUGAGAUUGCUUUAGAAGAAUUGAAAAUCAAAAGCCAAUUGAGCAAAGUGCAAGAGUACGAAAAGAAUGGAAUUAUCAUUGGACCCAGAAUUAAUACGGAAUCAAUUAAGAAUGAGCCCGAAUCAACAUCAACACAACCGACCACUUCAUCCUCAAUACGAAAAUCAGAAGACAAGAAAAAACCACAAGAGACCAAGAGUUCUGGAUUAUCCUCAUCCUAUGUCUCUAGAAAACAACAGAGUCAGCAAACUAAACCCCUGUACACAUCACGUAAACAAGAAUCGACCACUGCCAAGAAUAGAGCGCUGACUGAGCCUGCGACACCUUCGUACCAAUACAGAUCUCGUAAACUAGAGCAAAAACAACCAAAAGAAAGAAUAAUCAUGGGGAAUUUGCAUAAAGAUCAAGAUGAUGAUAAUGCUGAUGAUGAUCUAGAAUCCAAACGAGAACAAGCUCCUCCCCCAACGACGGACUUGGAAAAGAUAUUCGAUGAAGAUGAUACGUUUCAAUUCAGUGAUGAAGACGAUGCCGUGGCUAAUGACAAGGACAUUGUUGAAUCAAAACUAACGGAUUCUCGUGAAGCGGCAAUUGAGCUGCAAGAAGAGGAACAAUCGAAGCAAGAGGAUGAAGUUGAAGCCGAGCCAGCAAAUGACCAACACGAGGAGCACUUAUUUGUUGAAGAAGAGAAGGACGAAGACGUUGAAGGCGAUGAUAUGGUGACAGUUAAGGAAGUGGAUGAAGAUGGGUACACAGUCACCAAACGCAAACCUAAAUCAGUGAUUAAACCAGUGAGUAAACCAACAGUUGCCAAGCGCGCAACUCCAACAACUUCAAAGGUAAAGAAGCCCAAUACUGACGGCAAAAAGAAAACGCAGACUUCAUUGAUGAGCUUUUUUGGGAAGAAAUGA